GUAUGCAUUAGAUGAUAUUGGUUCUGGAUCUCAUGUGCAUCUCAGUUUGUGUCAGAGUUGAACCCAUAUGAAUAGGUAGUUUGGUACUAACAGAGAAGUAUGCAUUUUUACCAGUUCUGUUAAAAUAUCUUGUCUACAUAGAAUUAUUUUUUAAGCAUGCAGUUAUAUUUGGAAAUUUGAUGGGUGUACUAUUGAUCUUGAGGAAAACCUUUCACGGUGAUGUUUCCAUCGAUGGGUGUACAAAUUGGUUUCUGCUUUUAAGACCAAUAAGCUUUAUUGAUCCUUAUUUGUUUUAUAGUUUUUAGUGAGUUAUAUGUUGAUAUCAUAUGAUUUUGAUUGUCCAUAUAAUACUCCAUUUUAUCAUUUAUGUGAUCCUUUCUGCAUUGUUGCAUAUUGUCUUCUUUUGUGGUGCUGUUUUACUGAUAUUUGUGUGGAGAAUCAAAAUAAUUAUGUCAUUUUUGGUGGCUGUGGGGAAAGGAUUGGGGGCAGUUUAACAACGGGAUAAAUUACAUUAUUU